CAUCACUGGAGGAUCACUUCACCUCUUCAGCAGCCAACUAAUCAAACAGGGCGGAAAUGUAAAAGCUAAGAUGUUGAAUUCUUCGAGUCCAGCCCAGAAGAACCUCAGUGAAGAGGACAGCUCUGGAUCUGAACCGGAGACAGACCGCUUUGGCUUCAUCUUAACCAAUGGGUCCACAGCUGGGAGUUUGGGCCCGCCACCUGAACUGGUCAGGCAGAGGGAGGCCAAGUGGAUAAAGAUCAUUGACCAAUGGGAUCGCAUCUUGUUGAAGAAGAGCAGUAAGGUCAAAGUGCAGUGUCAGAAAGGAAUCCCUGCCUCGCUCAGAGCCAAGUGCUGGCCUCUGCUGUGCGGAGCUGCCAACAGGAUGAAACAGCAUGAAAACCUCUACGAGGCAAGAGAAGCAAACACUCUCACUGGGAUGGUUUAA